AUGGGUAAUUCAACAUCCCACCCAAUUUUUUUGGCGCUCAAUGAGUUGCUGCAUUCAAAAAACCUUAAACUUAAGAAAAGUACUUUGAAAAGAUUCCUGACGGAGUGUGACACUGUGGCACCCUGGUUUGCCGUAUCUGGCAGCUUGACACUCUCGUCAUGGAAGAAAUUAGACAAAGAUUUAGAUGUUACUGCGGAGCACGGUGUCCUUGCUCCUGGGGUUCAGCCCGUUUGGACGUUAGUUCGCGGGUGUCUUACUGAUCAAAAAUACAUUAAAGCUAUAAGGAACGGUCAGGCGGCCCUAGAACUUUUACAGGAGGAGAGGUCAGAGUCGGCUACCUCAGUUGAGGCUGCCUCUCCCAUAGGUCAUACCCCGGAUCUAAAAAUAAAACCAAAACAGAAGAAAGAAGAAAAUAGAUUAUACCCUGGCCUGUCAGACUUGGAGGAUAUUAAUAGUUCUGCCGCCCCUACCUCCACCAAAGAGUCUGAGUCAGAAGAGGAGCGGGAGGCCCCCCAUAAAGCACCUUUACAGUCCGCCCGAAGAUUGCUUACAAAAUUACAGCUAGGAAGAAAGAAAGUUAGCCGACUUUACCCAAGGACUGACAUAGUCCCUUCGGCUCCCCCUCCCUAUCCAGAGGCUGUAGCUAAUUCAGGAGGAGCUUGCUUCAACUCAAAAGUUUGGAGACAGGUUAGAACAGAGAUGCCUCUGGCCUAUCCAAUCUUCCAGGACCCACAAGGGAACAGGUUUCAUAAAAUACUGGAUUUUAAAAUUGUAAAAUCCUUGGCCGAGUCAGUCAGAACCUACGGGGUCACAGCAUCCUUUACAGUUGCUCAGUUAGAGACCCUACAUAGAUUUGCCAUGACACCGGCUGAUUGGCGGAAUCUUACAAAGACAUGCUUGUCACCUGGUCAAUAUCUAGAUUGGAAGGCCUAUCUCAAUGAAUUUACAAUUACUCAGAGCGCGGCUAAUGCCGCGGCCGGAGGGCCUCAGGCUGUUUGGGAUACAAAAAUGCUCCUAGGCAUGGGUCAAUACGCCACUCAACAAAAUGCUUAUCCACCAUUGGUGUAUGACCAGAUCAAUCAGAUUGCCAUUAGGGCAUGGAAGGCUCUCCCCAAUAAAGGAAAAACGACUGGCAAUUUGACAAAAAUCUUACAAGGGCCAUCUAAACCUUUUUCUGAUUUUGUGGCCAAGUUGGUGGAGGCGGCAGAAAAAAUCUUCGGUGAUACUGAUACUACCAUGCCGCUAAUAAAGCAACUUGUGUUUAAACAAUGUACCAAAGAAUACAGGGUGGCUAUCAUUCCACUUAGACAUAAGAGACUUGAGAAAUGGAUGAGGGCCUACAGGGAAAUAGGCGGCCCCCUAACUAAUGAGGGACUUGCGGCCGCCGUCAUCAAAUUAAGCAGGGGAGGCGGCCACCCCGGAACUUGCUUCCAUUGUGAUUCUGCCUAUGUGGUUAAUGCUAUAAAGGACCAACAAGACCCCGUGUGGGUUCCAAAACGACUGGUGAGGAAGGCACAGACACCGCUGGAUCCAAAUGAUACAAAUGCCACUCAGGCCGCUCACCCCAUGCUUUCCAAUGAUGAUGAUGAUAACGACAAUGGCGGUGGCGGAGCCUCGCUGGGGGAUUCUAUCGACCUUUCCAAUGCUGAUGCUGGUCCGCCAUAA